AUGAGCGCUCGAUCAGACGAAGAAGGCGAGGCUAUACCAAUGCACGGCGACAGGGACAGCUCUGAGGAGGAGGAGGACAACUCAGACGCCGAGAGGGAAGUUAGAGAAGGUUUCAUUGAAGACGAGAUGAACGACGACAGCGCAGAAGCUGGCGUGGAUAGCGCCGAGAAGAAGAAGAAGAAGAAAAAGAAAAAGAAGCUCCGUAGAGCUUCAGAAUUGCACGAUGAGGAAGUCGAUGAGGACGAUUUGGACCUCAUAGCUGAGAAUACUGGUAGAUCUAGGCGCAAGGAUACCUCACAGCUACGUAGAUUGCAUCGCAGGAAAGGUGAUGACACGGACGAUGAAGAUCUAGACGCUCAACAUGACGACGAUCCUAAAGCUAAAAGCAAUCGCAAUAAGGGCGUCAGUGACCUCAUUAAUAUGUUUAACGAAGAUCCAAGCAGCAAGCAGCACGACGAUGACGAUGACGACCUUGGCAAUUUCAUUGAAGAGGAUGAGGAGGAGAACAGGGGCACCUCUGGCGCUACUGGGGACCGUAGAAAGAAGAAGAAGCAGAAGGCUCGCAAAAACCAGGGCAAAAUCUCUGAACAGGCUGGUGUUGAUCAAGAGACUAUGGAUGAGGUCUUUGAGGUCUUUGGUGAUGGCACUGAGUAUGCCUGGGCUAUGGAAGUCGACGAAGACGAAGAAUAUGAUGAAGCCAAGGCUGAUACUAAAAUGGCUGAUGUCUUUGAGCCUUCGGAAAUUAAAGCUCGUCUUAUGACAGAAGAGGAUGAGGUUAUACGGUAUACUGACCUGCCAGAGCGUAUGCAGCUCCUCACACCUAGUAUUUACACCUCCAACGUUAUCAGAGAUCACUUUGCCACCAACCACGAAUACAUCCAUCGUCUUCCAAGCAAAGACAAAGCGGCUGCGUGGAUAGCUCCAAGACUUUCUGAAGCAUCGCAGAAGAUGUUCUUGGAUAUCGUAGGUCCCCACUACAGUUUGCAAGAUGAAUUCCUUCGCGCUGUGACAGUCGCAGUCGAGAACAUCCAAAGCGGUAUGGAGGUACCGUUCAUCCAUAUCCACAGACGUGAUCUUGUCUCUCACUUUGAUCCCGCAAAACCAUCUGUCCCUCUCGCACCUGACGAGCUCCGUCAUGAAUAUCCAGCGGGAACAAGUGCAGUGUGGCGCAACAAGCACCAAAUGAGCUUGCUGUCGAGGUCUGAUCUCUGGAGAAUUUACGAUCUUUAUCGCAAGUUCGUUUCUUUGCAUAUGCGUUUAUCAGGUUUGGUGGAGCUAGCAGAGAAGGCUAAUAUCGUAGACACUUACCUCAGUAACACACUGAUUUUGGCCGCGGAAAAUGAGAUUGAAGUCACUAACGACUUACACGAAUGGCUGUUGGGAAUGUUUCCUCGCGAGAUCAAGAUAUUACAGGAUGAGCAGAGAUCGGUUUCUGAACGUCAAUUUAAGAGACCUACAAAAUCUUCCCCUUAUGACCGCGCUAAGGGUAUGCCAUCAGCUGAGCUGAUCAAGAGAGUCGUGCCUAGCGUUGCGGAGAUUGUACAUAAUCUACAAUCUCCAACAGGCAAGAUAUUUACUCCAGACACACCAGCACUGGGACAACUCGAGUUAGCUGAGACUUUUUCCACUGGAACGAUCAGUCCUCAGAUGUUGCUGUCAAUGGCGAAACUGAUUCUUGUUACAGACCUAGGUCGUGACCCACUAAUCAAAAAGCACGUCAGAGAUAGACUCACGAGUGAGGGUGUAGUGUCUGUACACCCGACUGAGAAAGGUUUGAAUAAGGUAGACGACCAGCAUCCAUACAACCAUUUCCUCUAUUUAAAGAACAAGCCAAUAGACAAGCUAUCACAGGACUCGACGCAAUUCUUGUCAAUCUUGGAAGCUGAGAAAGAGGACUUUGUGACUGUAUCAAUGGGCUUCCAUUUAGAUGUACAAGAGGGAAUCAUUGAAAAGAUUUACGAGGCUAGCAAGGGCGAGGAUAUUGGAGAGGCGUCAGACAGCUGGAAUGGCUUUAUCAGAGAUGCAGUAUCAGAAGCAUUCGAAUCUACACUACUCGAUAGUGCGCGCAAGUACGUUCGCGAAUGGUUGCGUGAAAAGCAGGAGGAUUACCUUGCUCAACGCGUAACAGAUCGUCUAUCACAGCGCAUAGAAGUUGCAGCCUACACUCCCAAAGAUUAUGAAAAGGGUCAGACGCCAUCGGUGCUCUCUGUCUCAGCUGGACAAGGUGAUCCUCGCAAAGAUGCAAUCUUGCUCGUUUACCUCGAUGAGAAUGGUCGUAUGAGGGAGCAACAAAAGAUAGAUAACCUCGUUGAAGACUCACCGAUGGAAGCAUUUGCUGAUAUCAUGACACGACGUAAACCACAGACUGUCGUAGUCGGCGGUAUGGGUACACAGACCCACGGUCUCUUUCAACGUGUGAACGAACUCGUCAAGGCGCAGACUGGUGAGGAAAUACCGCAGCAGUCAGCUGUCGAUGAAUGGAAUAUGCCGACUGGAGAUGUCGAUCCAAAUGCAGGUCCUCAGUACGACCCAGAAAGUGGCACACCUGUGAUAUUGGUACAUGACGAUGUCGCUAGAAUCUUCCAGCACUCCAAACGCGCUGAGGUGGAAUUCGGACAACUGCCAAUCACUGGAAGGUACUGUGUUGGUUUAGCUAGAUAUGUCCAGAGCCCACUAAAUGAGUUUGCGGCGUUAGGAGAGGAUAUCACGGCUAUUUCUAUAGAUCCUGAUCAGAGGUUGCUAUCCAAGGUGAAAUUUUUACACGCUAUUGAGAAGGCUAUCGUUAAUACGGUCAAUUACAUUGGGGUGGAUAUUAACACUGCCGUGCGCGAUAAUCAUUAUCAGCACCUCUUGCCGUUUGUGGCAGGAUUGGGACCACGUAAAGCUCAGGCUUUAGUGAGAAGAAUAGCAGCUAGGGGAGGUUACAUAAUCAAUCGCUCUGAACUUGCACACCCAGAUCUCAUGUAUCUGAAAGAGUUCACCAACGCAGUAGCUUUCUUGAAGAUAACUCAGGAGUUCGAUUAUAAACAUGGUGAUGAAACGCCUGACACGCUCGAUCAGACACGUAUCCACCCUGAAGAUUACGAACUUGCACGCAAGAUGGCAUCUGAUGCGCUUGAAUUAGAUGAAGAAGAUUUGGUGGGUGAGGCAGAAUCGGCGGUCGUCUCCCAGUUGAUGAAAGAUUCAAGCAAUGAGAGCAAGCUAGAUGAGUUGAAUUUGGAUGACUAUGCACUCAACUUGCUUCAAUUUCGUCACGAUUACAAACGGUCUACACUGAAUCUCAUCCGUAACGAACUACUCAAUCCAUUUGGUGACGAUAGAUUUGACUUCAAGCUACCUGAGAGCACUGAAAUCUUCACUGCUUUCACUGGUGAAACUGACCAGACGUUGUCACCGGGUACGGUCGUUCCGGCUGUUGUCAAAGCAACUAAACCACAGUUUGCGUACUUUAGACUGGAUUCUGGUGUCGAUGCCUUUGUUAGCUCUGUUUAUGCUACUGAUGAGGGUGACAUUGAUAGACGUAUGGAUAGUAUCUUCCCGCGUGGCACUACUGUGCAAGGCAUGGUUCUCAAUAUAGACUAUAACACUUUCCAGGUAGAGUUGUCUACGCGUCCGCAAGAUCUGGCAAUGGCGCCUGAAUACCGCAAAAUUGUUGCACAAGAUGACUACUAUGAUGUUGCUCGCUCGCUCGAAGAUCGUGAAAACAUGUCGAACCGCAAGCAGAAUAAGGCGAACAGAGCGCCAAGGGUAGUUGAUCAUCCUAACUUCCACAACUACUCAGCUGAACAGGCUGAGAUGGUGCUAGAGAAUAGCUCAGUAGGGGAUGUGAUAAUCCGACCAAGUUCUAAAGGACCGGACCAUCUUGUCGUGACGUGGAAAGUGGAUGAGGAUCUAUACCAGCACAUUGACGUUUUGGAGAUUGACAAGGCAAACGAGUGGACGCUUGGACGUCUGCUACGUAUUGGUAAUGCGACAUAUACCGAUCUUGACGAAAUGUUAGUCAUGCAUGUGCAGCCAAUGGUGCGCAAAGUAGAAGAGUUGGUUAACCACGACAAAUACCAUGGUCCAACGGAAGAUGAUAUGGCGAAACAUCUCAUCGACUUUGUGAAAGCCAAUGUAAAUCGCAGUAACUACGCCUUCUGUUUGGACAGGAAGGAAGCAGGAUCUUUUGUGUUAGGAUUCAUCGCUAACGCCACCUCCAAACUGAACAAGUGGAGUGUACAAGUGACGCCUGGGAUGUAUGUACUGAAUGGUGCACAUCUACCCACUGUAGCCGAUCUAUGCCGCGCUUUCAAACUACAGUAUAUGGAUAUACUCAAGAAUCCACGUAGCAAGCUUGCGAAUGGGGGUAAAACGCCGCUGCCGACAGCGGGUGCACACACGCCAGGACUUGGCGCACGCACACCUGGUCGCGGAGGUGCGUGGGGCGGUACACCAGCUGGUGGCAGAGCAUCAGUGUGGGGUGGUGGCGGUGGUGGUAGUAGGACACCAGCUGCUUAUGGCAGCCGCAAUCCUGCACCUACACCUGCAGGUGAUACUUGGGGCAACGCAGAUAGUGGCUCGUCGUGGAAUGCACCAGCUGAUACUGGCAAUAGCUGGGGCGUGACUAAAGAUGAAGAUGGCUGGGGUGGUGGUGGUGGCGCUCAUGGUGGCUGGAACGCUGGAGAAGCCCAGGAUAGCUGGGGUGGCGGUGGAGCUCAGGUUAUAAAAAGUAUUUCGUGUGUGUCUUACGAAAUCGUCGCCAUGGUGAAAUUAGAACUGCAGGUGCUUAUCGAGGGAGAGAAUGUUUCUGGGGUGCAGCCAGCAGAUUUUGCAGAGCACCAGUUCUGGCUAGAGAUAAAAUGCACAAUGUGCCACGAGGUGCAUCCAAAGAACAUGGCAAUUAUUCCUUCAGAGGAAGAGCAGCUGCCGAACACAAAAGAAGGCAACACGGCCAACUUGAUAUUCAAGUGCUCGUUCUGCGGCAAGACGUCGCACGCCAAAGUGGAAAACAAACGCAGCGAAGCAGUCAGCAGCGAGGACAUAGACAACCACCGCUACAGGACGUGGCUCGUGCUUGAGUGCAGGAACAUGGAACCAAUAGGGUUCGAAGCGAGGUAUGAAUCAUCGGGAGAAUUAAUUAAGCAGAGCAGGGAAGCUAACGGAGUACUUAGGGAUGACAGCUACACGUGUUGCAGCGCACUGAGCGAUGCCAAGUUCGCGGAGGUCACGCUCGACGGUGAGUGGAGUGACUACGACGAAAAGGUGGGUGUCACGCAUCCGGAUGUCAAAGCUAAGCGGUGA